AGAUAUCGUCACCAACUUUCAUUGUGUUAAGAAUUUUACAAAAUUUCGGAGAUUUCAAUAUAAAAAUCAUAUUUGAUACUCGAAGAAAAGUGUAAAAUUUCGAAAAGAAGAAACUUUCAAUAUAAUUUCACUGUGCUUUAAGUUGCCUUUGAAUUGUAUGUUCAACAAAAGAAAAAAUAAUCGACUUUCCAAGUCAGUCAAAUUGUGCAAAUAAAGUAAUCUGAAGGAAGGAAAACGAAAAGGUUGAGAACGACGAAUUAAAAAGUAUUGGUUGUGUACUGUUUUCGUUUCGUGACUUUAAGCAUAUAAUACAUCAUAUUAAAGACGGCACAACUAUUACUAAGCUAUUAUUAACAAAAAAUGGCAUGUGCAACACCCAAACGUACUUUAGACUGGGAAGCGUUAAAUCAACGGCCUUCGAAACGCAGACGUUGCAAUCCGCUCGGGCAUUCAUCAGGAAAUGGAUCAUCACCAUUGCGCUCAUCUGCAGCUGCCAUCACUUGCUACGAAAAUAUUCAUAGUCCCAGCGGUAGCCGCAUUUCUAAGGAACCACAGCCCAAUCCAUUCACAGAGGCCAAUCUGUCAAAAAUUUCUCCAGAUAAAAUGGCUCAGGAUAUCCGAGAUGAAAUCAAACGACUGCACCGCUGUAAACGUCUUCAAUUUUCAUCGUCCACCAUAGACGGUAUGCAACAGGACUCAGAAUCUAGUGGUUCCGAAAUGGGCGCCGAAAGUCCACGUCGUCCAGACACCCCACCGAGCUUGGUGCGUAACCCGGAGAAGGCGCUUGUUACAUUUAAACAGGUGCAAUUGAUAUGCGAACGUAUGCUGAAUAGCCAUGGGUAA